AUGGUUCAUGAUUGUGAAGUCGGAUUGAAAGGUAAUAUGAAUAACUUUGCUUAUGAUCUCCAAAUUUUGAAAUACUCUAACAUUGGCUGCAGAAAAGUGAAAUCCUUUAGAGCAUUGGAGUGUACUUUCUCUCUACCUGCCUCAGAUAGAAUAUUGCUUUGCUGUGAUGGAGCAUCUCAAGGUAAUCCUGGAUGUGCUGGUUAUGGGUUCAUUGCUAGAGACAGUGAAGGUAAAUUCAUUUUUGCUGAAAGUGUUAGACUUGGUAUCUCAACAAAAUUUAUAGCUGAAGUUCUGGGGAUUAUUGGUGCUUUGGAAUGGGCUGUGUUAAAUUCUAAAGACAAGGUUAACAUCAACUCAGAUUCUACAACUGCCAUUACUGCUUUCAUAAAAACCAAACUUCCAUGGUUUGUAUGGACCAGAUGGUUGUUUAUCUGCAGGAAGUUGAGAUCCAUCCACUUUAAUCAUGUCUACAGAGAAACUAAUUUUUCUGCUGAUUUUUUUGCCAAUAAAUGUGUUUAUCUAAUGAAAGGGCAGGAAAUGAAGUUCUCUAACAGGCCAUCUAACAUGCACAGGAUGGAAAUGCCUGACAAGAUCUAUUACACGUUUUAA